UUUCUUUUUGUACAUUAGUUCAGGUUUUCCUUUUAAUACCCAUUUCUUUUUGUGUGUGUUGUAUAUUCUUCUGAAAAGGAUGUCACAUCUUAAUUUCUGUUCUCGGAGGUCCCCGGUGGUUUGCAGUAGUGCUUGCGUUGCGUCAAGCCAGCCUCUUGCAACAAAUAUAGGCCUCGAUAUCUUAAAGAAUGGUGGCAAUGCUGCAGAUGCUGCUGUGGCAGUAGCAGCUGCUUUAAAUGUUACUGAACCAUGCAGUACCGGCAUAGGUGGAGACUGCUUCUGCCUCUAUUACGACGCAAGCACAAAGCAGGUACAUGGUCUCAAUGGAAGCGGUCGGUCUCCGCAGGCCCUGACCCUUGAGCUGCUAAAAGAUCAUGGCUUCAGCGAGGCAAAUCGUCCACCUCCACUACAUUCACACAAUGUCACUGUACCUGGUGCGGCAGCUGGCUGGUGCGAUGCUGUUGCUCUGCAUGGAAGCAAAAAGCUUUCCAUGUUGCAAAUUCUGCAGCCAGCUAUAGACCUGGCUGAGAAGGGCUUCCCAGUCUCAGAGAUUACUUCCUACUGCUGGAAGAAUAAUGCUCAUGCUCUUCGGGCACCUGGCAACCCACACGGGAAGGACCUGCUGAUUGAUGGUCAAGCACCUGGUCACGGACAAGUCUUCUGUAAUCCUUUUUUGGCAGUCACUUUUAAGGGUCUGCAUGUAUGGGAGAUCCCUCCAAAUGGGCAAGGAAUAACAGCGCUAUUAGCCCUGAACAUUUUAGAAAAUUUCAACUUGAAAGAAAUGGGCCAUAAUACUGCUCGCUAUUUGCACGUCCUCAUCGAAGCUGUCAAAAUCAGCUUUGCCGAUACUUUAUGGUUCUGUGCAGACCCAGAAAAAGUAGCUGUACCCACAGCAAAGCUCCUUUCCAAACCUUAUGCCAGAGACCGUUCGAAGCUGAUAGAUUUGCAGAGGGCAACUGCCAAAUAUAAUCAAGGAAAUCCUUUCCCGGUUGGAAGUGACACUGUUUACUUCACAGUGGUGGAUACCCAAGGCAAUGCCUGCUCUUUCAUUAACAGCAACUAUAUGGGAUUUGGCACAGGGCUGGUUCCAGAUGGCUGUGGAUUUACAUUACAAAACAGAGGAGCCAAUUUUUCACUACAGCCUGGUCACCCAAACUGCUUGGCACCUAGGAAGAGGCCAUAUCACACAAUUAUACCCGCUCUGGCUACUGAUGCUGAUUCAGGGGAGCUUCUGUGCUCCUUUGGAGUAAUGGGUGGAUUCAUGCAGCCACAAGGGCACGUUCAGGUACUGCUCAACAUGUUGGAAUUUGGAAUGAAUCCACAAGAGGCUUUGGAUGUGCCUCGUUUUUGUGUCGAAUAUGACAAAAAGGUGGAUGCAUGGCUCGUGUCCUUGGAAGAUGGCAUCCCUCGGCACAUCGCGGAAGCAUUGAUAGCCAAGGGUCAUACGGCCAUGGCACCCGUAACUGGGCACAGCAGGAGCAUGUUUGGACGGGGCCAAAUUAUCACCAAAGGAGACUGGUGGAGGCACUGGAGAAUCCUGCCUUCUUCUAGCAAUGUAUUCUGGGCAGGGUCUGAUCCCCGAGCUGAUGGCUGUGCAUUAGGAUAUUAGCACGGAAGAAAGAAUCGGCUGUGUGUUAAGUGGAUUAAAAAAAUAAUAAUCAAUGUCCAAAU